AUGGGCCCGGAAGUUGUUUUGAAGGGAUUCCCAGGUACAAAAAAUCCCGGAGAUGCUGUCGUCGCCUGGGAAAACAAACAGCUCUUCAGACAAUUAGAAAGAAAAACAGCAAUCGGCCGCCAGAAAUCUGGUGAGAGAAUGAAUGUUGAUGACUGCAAUGGACGGACAUAUGCAGGCAAUGAAGGAGAGUCAACAGAACAGGCCUAUUAUGGUGGUCAGCAGUGCCCUCCAAAGUCUACCAACACUCAGAAAACAUCUCAGCAGCAUUCUCUUACAAACUCUGUUAAGGUUGAGCUGUGCAGUGAUGAUGAGUCCCCAUGUGUUGAACCCGAGAACACAGAGGAAGUAAAAGACGAUCAGCUGAGUGACCCCAUGGACGAGGGAGGGGCAGAGUAUGUUCUGUCGAGACGAGACAAAUGUGAGGUGUGUGGCAUGAUCUGCAUUGGACCUAAUGUGCUUAUGGUGCACAAGCGCAGUCACACAGAAGACAAAUCAGCAGAUGUGGAAACCAAGACAGUGCUUCAACCGUCCAAUGAUAAAAUUCAGUUUGCAGAAAGGCUGUCGAUUAGUAUGACUAAGCGCAAAAGAUCAACACCACAAAAGUUUUUGGGUGAAAAGCACAUGCAUCUCAACCUACCUGAUGCACCUUAUGAACUGUCUUCGGGCUCUGAGAAGGAGGGGGAACUCUUGAGCGCUCACUCUGGCCCGGACACCUUUCUGUCAAGCACGAAAAGCAAAGAUGAAAACCAUGAGCCCUCCACACAAUCUCAGCUCUUUCCCACCUAUCUGUCGGUUAUAGGUAGAGAUGCAGGUGAAAGCCAGGAUGACCAACCUACACCUCUUAGCCUCACCACCUCACCAAACGGCUGUCCUGACUCCACAGACACCGAGAGUACAGCGGAAGAGCAGAGCACAAGGGCUACUGGACCCACAAGUACCUCAAACAACCACCACCUCCACUACCACAAUGUCCCCCUGUCCCGCAGCCUCCCCACUUCCAGCCCCAGCCAGGCCAAAGAUACGGACACUAUGUGGAUCAAAGCAAGCCCCAUGCCUCCUGUUUCAGUGAAAAAGAGUGCUCGUUCACUUCUCUCCUCCAGGGAGACCAUGCAGGUGUUGGGCAGAGAUGGUCGGCCAGUGCGCUCCUUCCACUGCCGCUACUGCCGCAUACUCUUUCUGGACCACGUCAUGUUUACCAUUCAUAUGGGAUGUCAUGGUUUCCGCCAGCCUUUUGAGUGUAACAUCUGUGGGCACCGCAGCCACGACCGCUAUGAGUUCUCCUCACACAUCAGCCGGGGAGAGCACCAGGUGGGCUGA